AUGACGGUGACUCCGUCGACUUCCGAUGUCGCUGACAAGGCAGUCUCGACGGAUGAUGGUGGCAGUGGAAUGGAGGUGGCACGUCUCGAAGCCGUCCUCGCUGCUCUGGUGGAAACGAAGGUGGAGGCGAUUAAAGCUUCCUCAGCUUUGAGUAAGCGUUCCGGUAGCGCGCCAGCCAGUCCACGUAAGCUCAGACUGACUUCCACUUCGACUGCCUCCUCUUCGCUGAAUCACCAGCAUCGAAGGAAGAGUCAUCAUCAUCAUCACCACCAUCACCAUCAUCACCAUCAUCAUCAUCAUCGUAAGAGGCAUGAUUCAGCUCCAUGCAACGACCUCAUUGAGGAUGCUACGGAUCAUCAGCAUAAUGUUCAUCACGGUAAAACAAGGCGAAGAGCUUCGGAAAGUCCACGACGUCCAAAAAAAAAGCGCAAACACUCGAAAAGCCCGAAUAUCCUUCACGGUGUAGUCCAGGACGUUCACACCGGUCUUGAUUCACGUUUAGAGCUUUUUGGAAUGGAUGGUGAUCAAGAUCUUGCACUGAUAAACUUCGAAAGGACUCGAGAAACUCUCAGCGAUUCCUGCGAAUAUCCGCAGUUGCACCGAAGUGCCUCCUACUUUCCCCAAAGUACAGCUCAAUUGAAGAUCCACUACGAUGACGACGAUUAUGUGGCGUUAAACGUAGCGGAUGAGUUGGAAGAGGAAGAGAUCUUCAGCGGUACCGAGAAGAUCGAGGCACCUCGAGAGAAGUAUCACAGGCCCCGUAGAAAGAGAAAACGGAAACGACGUAAGAUUAACAAUACGGGUCCUCAAGAAGAACUCGUCGAUCCUGAAGAACUUCCACCACGUGCACGUUGGACGAUCGUCGCAACCGCUUGCCUCCUUCUUACAAUGUCUUUGCUCUUGGUCGGAGUUACGCUCAGAAUGGCGCCAAUCAUCGACGAUAUGGUGCGCAGGGAGAACGAGGAGCUGUUGAAUUCUCUCAACAGAGUCUUCGUAACCGAAAACACGACAAUGCCUCUCUAAAGAAGACGUUCUAGAGCAGAAUAGAGUGGCCUGUUUUGAUGCGCCUUUCGAAGAAGUUUCGCAAGGCGAGAUGAAAAAGUACGAGAAGAGGUAGGAAAAGUAUCGCGUCGGAAACUUAACUUCGAAAUGCCAGGAUCAAGGGUCGUUCCUCGGAAGCGGCAAAGUUUUAUUACAAUUGCAUUUUAUCCGAGACGUCUUAUAGGUAUACCGGAGACAGAAGUCGAAUUUAAUUUGUCACUGUCGCCGCGUGCCGCGGCUAAUUUGUCUACUUUGCCGAUAGUACGAGCCUCGAACUACUUAGGUUCGUAGCGAGAUGGCGCCGAUGCUGUAAUUCUCUAUCCUCGUUUCGAAGGUACGUCCAACCUCACUUUUUCACCGAAUUACGUAAUUCGACGGACAUUCUCGGGAAGUGUCAAACUAAGUACAUAAGCGUCGAAAUGGAGGGAAACGGAUAAAAUAGGAUAAAAAAAUCCGCAAAAAAUUACUCGCGACGAUUCUAUUCGUCGCUUUUGUUAAGCUCGUUGUUGUUAUUGGCGCGGCAAAUGGAUGACCGUGUGAGCCUUGUUACGAUGUACGAAAU